CUGCCGUGUUCUGACAGACCGGUGUCGUACGUUUUUGCAGAAUCACCAUGGCGUCUGUGUUGAAAGAGACUGCGAGCUUGUAUGAAACGUUGAAAGGCGAGUGGAACAAAAAGAACCCGAAUCUCAACAAAUGUGGUGAAAUCUUGAGCAAGCUUAAGAUAUCCCUGUUGGAGUUGAACUUCUUACCAACUACUGGGACCAAACUAACCAAACAGCAGCUUAUUCUUGCCAGAGAUGUCUUGGAGAUUGGAGCACUAUGGAGCAUUCUGAAGAAAGACAUCCCCUCCUAUGAACGCUACAUGGCUCAGCUUAAGUGUUAUUACUUUGAUUACAAAGAUGAGUUACCCGAGUCGGCCUACAGGCACCAGUUGCUGGGUCUGAACCUGCUCUUCCUGCUCUCUCAGAACAGAGUAUCUGAAUUCCACACAGAGCUGGAAAGACUGAGUGCAAAAGACAUCCAGACCAAUGUCUACAUCAGACAUCCAGUGUCAUUAGAGCAGUACCUGAUGGAGGGCAGUUACAACAAGGUCUUCCUUGCCAAAGGAAAUAUCCCUGCUGAGAGCUAUACCUUCUUCAUUGACAUUCUUCUUGACACCAUUCGAGAUGAGAUUGCAGGUUGUAUAGAGAAAGCAUAUGAACAGAUCCAAUUCAAUGAGGCUACACGGGUGCUUUUCUUUUCCACUCCGAGAAAGAUGACCGAAUAUGCCAAGAAAAGAGGCUGGACCCAGAGCCCUGAUGGAUACUACUCAUUCAGUACUCAGCAUCAUAAGACAGAGGAAGUGACCAUCCCCUCCACAGAGCUGGCUCAACAAGUCAUCGAGUAUGCAAGGCAGUUGGAAAUGAUUGUGUAGUGUGGCCAUAGCGCCUUUAGAAACAUAAAGGUUCACAUUUGUUUAUCCAAAUAUACAAAUAAGACCAUUGUACAGUGUGCUCAAUUUAGACACAGGAUGACACAACCCCAGUGAAUGGCUCUCAGAGUGAGAGGUCAGAACCCUUUGGCCUACAUGUAACCAAUUUCUACUUUCUUAUGCCUGUAAAAGAUUCUGUUCAGCUGUUAGGGUUUGAAGGUAUUCUGCUGGUGUGUCUUCUGAGUUUUCAGAAAGAUUUUUUGAAAUAAACAUAUUAAAUUUCUUUUUUGGGUAUUUACAUGCUCUAUACAACAUUUGUUUUCCUUUGCAAAGUUUGAUGGGUUUAUCGAAAGUGAGUUUUUGUAGAAAAAAAUGGAUCUGACUGGCACGAUUAUAGAUGUUGUCAGCAGCUAAAACUUAAGGGUUCAAUUAAUUACUAUACACCCUUUUGAUGCCCUUGCCUUGUAUCCUAGCAACUGAAUGAGGACUACAAAAUUUGCAGAUGUUUUGUAAUUGGCAAGUUCUUUUUUUCCUGUAAUGGGAUGAUCCCUCCUCUGAAUCAGAAAAACUGUUUAUUUCUUUGAUUUUAUUAAGAAGAAAAUGUCUGACUCUUUUAGAAUAUGAAUUCUGAAACACCAUAUAGUCAACUGCACAUCAUGUUGAUUAGAGGCAGAACCCAGUGUAUAUAGAAAAAUACCACAAGUAAUAUUUAUUACUUGAUACUAAACUGAUCAUAGGUAUGUCACUAUGCCUAUAACUCUGCUGCCGAUGUUGCUGUAGGGUCUGUUUCACGUUUAACUUAGAAGACUGAUGAGCAUAGUUGAUGUAGACCACUAAGAUUAGGAUACAUUUGCAUUCAUGUUUGUGACUGACUCGCCAUUAUCUCAAAUUUGGUGGGAGUUCUGGUUUUGUACGUUGCUGCGGAUGGUUUGUGUGCACAAGUGGUCAACAAUGAAGGGGUGCCAGCGGCCCUCAGGAUGAACUGGACGUGCUUUUAUCAUGCCUGUAUCAUUCUCAGAUUUCAGAAUACAUACACUUGCUGUGUUUUGUUUUUUGUCCCUUUUGCUUUACUUGCUUAGGUCUAGAGCAUUUCUUGAGCAAAGGAGUACGGUGAAGAGCAGUUGAGUCCUGUACAGUAGAGGAGUUUGGCUCAGCAGCUAACUGGUUCUCAGGAUGAAUGAUCCCUGAAAGCAUACUGGUGACAAACUGGGAUAACGCUUUCAUACCUUGUGGAGCACCACUUUCUUUGACUUUUCCAACAGGAAUUACCGCUGACUGUCUGGAGAAAGAGUUUUUAGGAGAAACUGUGGUGGAGCUGCCAGUUGUACUGCAUGCUGCCUGGAGAAAUGAAGGCAUUUUAUUGAUGGACAGCCUACCUAUUUUAUUAAUUAAAGAUGCAUCUGUUGGCGAAGUGAAUAGUUUUGCAGUGCUAGUUGUGCCGCUUGCAGUGUCCACAGCUGUAGUGGCAGAUUGUGGAUGCUUUCCUGAAGGUUUGUCCAGUGGAGCUUCUAUUGCUGGUGUGAAAUAGAUGGGUAGGUUUUCAGUAGUCCUGUUAACUGAUUGUGGUGCUGGAGUGAUUGUACACUCUGCAGUCUGGUCUUUGGGUGGUCCUACAUGCUGCUUUUUCAGUCCAGAUUCAGGAGGAACUUAAUAAGGAUUUGUGAUUUGGCUGGAUCUUGUGUCAUCAACCAAUUUCAAUCCUGCAGUAAGCAGUUGGUCAGCAUAGGUUGUUCUGGGUGGUUUCAGAGGUGAACCCAUGGGGCUGAGAUGUCUGUAAGCUAUUAAGACCUUUCUCUCCUGUCAUAUAUGGCUCAUCUCUUCAAAGUUCUUUUGAUGAUAAUGAAGAGUUUUUUUAAACAACAAAUUUUGUAUAGAAAACAAAAAACUGGGUAAAUCUCAUAAAGAACAUGUCCAGUUAAAUUUGCCACAAAAUCCUAAGAAAAGAAAUAAAUUAUAUUUUGCAUAAAGGUCAUUUAUCGGAGCAUAUAGAACCAUCUGACAUUUCCUUCACAGGCAAAAGAAUUAAACACUUAGUUCAUGAUAACUUAAAUAUAUGCUUUAACAAUAUUAAUUGCCAGUUUCUACAUUAAAUGAUUAUAAAUUGACAUUGACAUUAACCUGAUUUGAACAUUUAGUUAUUCAAAUCAUUAGAUUAUUUAUUCACACUUGUUUGAAAAUGAUUAAAUAAUUGGUCACUUUCUGCAUUUUCAAAUAAACACGAAAUAUUAGACAGAGGAUUACUUACCAGGAGUCAAUGUAAGGAAAGUUUAGUGAUUGAACAGCUGAACUUUCCCUAGUGGGUCCACUUGUUUUCACCUUCAGAGUUUGAUAUAUUUAUUAUCUGUGUUUGCUGUGGUGCAUCACAUGUUUUCUUGCACUUCAGCGUGUUGGGUUUAAGUAGAGCUGUAUUUUCAGGUACAGUGUGUGCGGUCUAAUAAAAGAUGCAUUUGUUAGCACAGACUUUAACCUUUCCUCUCUCUGAUCCUGUUGGGAGUCUGUGACACUCCUGUUCUGCCCGCUCCGUACGGACUCAAACCGGCGUCUCCGGCGUGGGAGGCGGGUGCGCUAACAAG